UUCACAAACUCUCUUCUGUGGAAACGCAACUGAUCUGAGUCUCUGUCUCGUCUGUCUGUGUGAGAGUGAAAAACCGUCCAAAUGGCUCAGCAGGGAGUUCUGCUGGACCAGGACCAGUUCUGUUGUUCUGUCUGUCUGGAUCUACUGAAAGAGCCGGUCACCAUCCACUGUGGACACAGUUAAUGUAGGAGCUGUAUUGAGGACUGCUGGGAUCAGGAUGUUCUGAAAGGGGUCUAUAGCUGUCCUCAGUGCAGAGAGACCUUCACUCCAAGGCCUAAUCUGAGGAAAAAUAACAUGUUGGCUGAGCUGGUGGAGAAACUGAAGAAGACAGGACUCCAGGCUGCUCCCCCUCCUGCUCUGUGCUAUGCUGGAUCUGGAGAUGUGGUGUGUGAUUUCUGCACUGGGACCAGAAAGCAGAAAGCCCUCAUGUCCUGUCUGGUGUGUCUGGCCUCUUACUGUGAGACUCACCUCCAACCUCACUAUGAAUGUCCUGGUUUCAAGAAGCACAAGCUGGUCAAAGCCACCACACAACUACAGGAGAAGAUCUGCUCUAAUCAUGACAAACUGCUGGAGGUUUACUGUCGUACCGAUCAGCAGUGUAUCUGUCUGCUGUGUGUGAUGGAUGAACAUAAAGGCCACGAUACAGUGUCAGCUGCAGCAGAGAGGACUGAGAAACAGAGGCAGCUGGGGAUGAGUCAGCAGAAGGUCCAGCAGAGAUUCCAGGAGCUCCAACAGGCUGUGGAGUCUCUCAAGGUGAGAAUUGUUGACCAGAGGAGACACACCAUUUCACUUCUCUCCUCCAGUCAGAGAGAGAGAGAGAAAUAGAGGGGCCCCUCUCCAAUCCCACUGACCCCACUGUUGAGAACAGGCUGUGGAGUCUCUCAAGGCGAGUAUUGUUGACCAGAGGAGACACACCAUUUUACCUGUCUCCUCCAAUCAGAGAGAGGGGUCCCUAUCCAAUCCCACUGACCCCACUGUUGGGAACAGGCUGUCUGGACCCCUUUCAGAGAAUAGACUGCUUAAUGUAACUGACGGGAUAUGAACCCAGGUCUACCGUGGGAUAAACCAACAUCUUGACCAUUACAUCAAGAGAACAUUCCCUAUUGGGCCGACGCUGAUUUAGAAGUCACAGGAGGGGCUACCUCAUCACAUAACCAUGAGUAACCAUGACUGACUCACGUCCUCUAUACAUUAACAUGGAGCUCUCUCUCAAUUCAAUUCAAUUCAAUUCAAAGAUCUGUUUUGACAUGGGAAACAUAUCUUUACUAUGCCAAAGCAAGUGAAGUAGAUAAUAAACAAUCAUGAAUGAACAGUAAACAUUACACGACAUUUAUUUUCAAAAGAAUACAGACAUUUCAAAUGUUAUAAUUCAAGUGUAAACAGAGAGAGCCGUGCGCCUGACUGAGUUCUGGAGGUGAAAUGGAAAUGAAUGAGGGAGAGUUAAGUGAGGUAGAAGGAGUGGAGAAGAGCUCAGAACCAGAGAAGUAUUUGGUCAUAUGAGAUUUGACUUUAGAAUAGUUACAGGGUGUGUUGAGUGGUGGUGUCCCGUCCUCCCAGGUCAUGGGCAUGGUGCAGGAGCAGAUAGGGUCAAAGUAGUGGAAUGGGGUAGUGGGUUUUUAAUGAGUGUAGGGUUAGUUGGCAUGGUGCAGGAGCAGAUAGGGUCAAAGUAAUGGAAUGGGGUAGUGGGUUUUUAAUGAGUGUAGGGUUAGUUGGAAGGGUGUUUUUUUUAUAUGAAAAAAUAUGAAAUAUUCAUUUUCCCAUUUUGUAUCACAAAGUAAAAUUGAUUUAUAUUAUUGUCCAGUUGGGGGCAGUAAUACAACAUAUUGGAUGCCAACUGCCGUUAAACUCCAAAGAAGAAGAAACGUUAUAUUAUGUCUAUGUACAGUGUUGUAACGAUGUCUCUCUCUCUCAUUCCAUCACUUUCGUGGUAGUUGGUUGUGUGGGUCUCUGGUUAUGAAUGGGGUGCUGACAGACAAUCGUUGAUGGAUAUUUAUAGAGCUCUGAUCAGGACGAAAAUUGAUUACGGGUGAAUAGUUUAUGGAACAGCAGCAAAGACUUAAACUGGACAGAAUCCAGUAUAUAGCCUUAAGGAUAUGUAUUGGUGCAUUUGAAUCAACAUCUGUAUGUGUCUUACUAGUGGAGGCAGGUGAGAUGCCUUUGGGUAUACGGCA